AUGGUCAGGCCUUCCGUACUAGCAGGCACGGACAUGCGCAUCGCCGUCAUCGAGCGCGGGUCCAUCCACCACGACCCGGGCUGCGACAUUUCGCAGCGGGAGGCAGAGGUGCUCACCUCAUACGACAUCCUGCCGAACUGGCGGAACACCAUCGUCGUCCCUGGCUGCCCACCCAUCUGGUCACCACCGCCUUUGCCCAUCCGAAUCCCAGCAGACGAGGACCAGGACCCGUCCCACCAACGGCCGCCCGCACGGCUCAACUUCCCGACCUACCCGCUGGGACCUCUCAUCCCCGCACUACCAAUCAUUCGCCCCACGCUUUCGCUGCGGUCCUUCGACACGGUGCCGGGUGCGGCGCCUACGGGCGUGCGCAAAGUCCCGGGAGGAGUCCUGGUGCCGGAGGAGAGCAUCGUCAAGCUCAAGUCCAGGCCCAAGGGGAAGACGUACAUCAAGCAGGCAGAGCAGCUGUGGUUCUCGCGCACGCCGAUCCUGACCAUUGGGUACCACGAGGACGGCGGGAACAUCGUCGAGGUCGAGCAGCGGGAUGUGGAGAAGACUCGGUGGCUCAAGAAGUGA